GAACAGCCGUGUGGGACGGCAUUGAGAGCAACUGGGAGUGGUGCCUAUAGUGAUACUCACAUCGACGGAGGAAGGCUGAGUGGGUGGUGUCGGUCAGAACGUGUCUCUUGUUUGGUGGCUUUUCCACAUCCAUUUCUUUCGACCUUUCUCCUCUUUGUCGCCCAUACCUUCGGAAUUGCGCAAAAUGAAGCACUUGCUCGCCAUCUUCUUUGUCGUUGACCUGGUGUCUAUUGCUUUUGCAAUCCAGUGUUAUAAGUGCAAUACCAGAGAUGAUGAGUACUGUGAAGACCCAUUUAAUCAUAAAAAUGCAGAGGGACACCUCUCAGAUUGCACUGAAAAAGACUUCACUGAGAAGACUGGACUACCUCCUUCCAAGAAUAUUACUUUUGCAUGUAGGAAGAUCUGGCAAGAGGUGAGAGGAGACAUUGCUGUCUUCCGAAGCUGUGGUUGGGAAAAAUACUACAUCAAAGAAAGAAUAUGCUACAAAACGGCCACUGAAGAUAUCCACACAACUGUGUGUUCAUGUGAACAUGAUGGCUGCAACAUAGCUACUACAUUGGGUUCUGCCCUGGUCCUGGUCAUAGCAUCACUUGCUGUGAAUGGAGUGUGGAGAUUCCACCGUAGCUGUGCAUAUCUGGGUGAACCAGGCCUGGACGGGGAUGAGCGCUACUGCAUCUUCCGAUCAGGGACCUGGAACAUUCACAUGGAGUACUGCACCUGUAGGGGAAAGGAUGGUUGCAACUCUGCCCCUCAGUCUCAUGCUGCUCCAAUUGUCAUUGUUCCCCUUGUCACCGGCCUGGAUCUGAAGGGAUUCGAUGUUACCAGUGCUCAUCAUCUGAAGAUGGAGAAGGAGAGGACACAUGUGGAGCCUNGCUUUCAAAUAUUUUUUGUUGUUGUGAAUCUCAUUGUGUCCAAUGUUGACUUGAUGCAUCCCCCAUUCUAUUACUGA